AAAUCAAAAGUAGUAUAUCAAGUUGCAUAUGAUGAUCUAGUUGAAUGAGUCGAGUUGAAAUAAAGAAAAUAUAUAUUACAUUAAAAAAAAAAAGAAGACUUCAUACAUUUUUAAUUCAAAAUAAAGUCAAUCAAAGAAAUCAACUACCGACAGUAAACAAAUUUAGAGCUAAGACGAGAUGAGAAUACAAGAGAGGAAUGAGGUGAAAGAGAGUUGAAGCGGGAAUUGAAAAUGAGAGGUGGAGAUCGAUUGAUGGGGAGCGUAAAGGUUAAAAGUCGAAACAACUCUAGAAGAAUCAUAAGUGGACCGAGACAAUCGAGAUUAAAAGGAGCUGUAGAUCGAAAUUCUAAAAAUAGGGAUCAAAAUCGAAAUUGGAUGACUCCCUCGAUUCAAGACCAGAAAUCGAAACUGUGAAGUGAUGAAAGUGGAAGAGGAGGAAGGAGAGUAAUAAGAUUGGGACCAAAUGAGGUGAUGAAUGAGUUAAAUGAAAACUUUAACGAAAAUCGAAUGCGAAAGUAUCUUGACGUGAUUAGAGCAGAGUCGAGUUCGAUCGAAGUAAAGAGGGGGAUCAAGGAAAUGAAGUAAAAGGGGGGGGUGUUUGUGUUCGUUCGUUCGUUGGAGGAGUGUGGUGUUUUUUUUUUUUUUCUUUUUGUGAUUCAUCUAAAAAGUGAAAAGAGAAAGAGUUCGUAGAAAAUAAUAAGAAGUCUCCAAGUUUGAGUUUUUGUUUUAAAAGUGUUAAGCGAUCAUCGAUAGGUUUUUUUUCUUAAAUAACUAAAUUAGUUGAGGUUCUUGUGUGAAGUUUGAAGUUUGACUUGUUCAACUGGUGGUUUUUGAUCUUGCUUUUCCUAAAUCGUAUCAGUUGUG